AUGGAUGCGUCCGAUGAGAGCAUCCGUGCAUUUGUAAGCAUAGAUCGUCCUUGCCAUCUCGUUUUCGGCGGCUGCGAAAUAGAGCAGGCGCGAAGUCGCUUUUGGUCAGCGUUAACCCCCUACCCGCCACCUGGAGACGCUCCACGUACCCAUGAUAAAGCGAUUAACCUGCUGAAACUCCAAAGGAAAUUGUGGCAGUUUCUUCUAAUGCGGGUUUUCUUCAUUGUACUUGCCUUCCUUGCCACUGCGCACUGCCUUUGUAAAGUCCGUGGUAGAGAUCGCGAUGAAGACGAGAAAUGGGUCGACGGUAGCUUUCUGAUGCAGUGCCUGAAGGUGGGGGAGUGGGGUGGUUGGAGAACUACAAUUUUGGCUUGUAUGGUAGAUAACAAGCAGAUCGCCAUUGGUAGCAGUGCAAAAAUUGGAAGAAUGACUUACAUUUGCGAAGAUGCAGGAAACGGAAGUGUUCGGAUUCGUUACUACUGGGAGUGAUAGAACAGCAAUUUCCCAUCAUUCCUCCUAUCUUCAGUUUAUAAAGACGAAAUGAAGUUUUACGAUCGAUGGACCGCACCUAGCUCCAUCUGGUAUUGAUCAAUUUUCACUCAGUAGGAGUUGUAAUUCGACAUUGCCUUGAUUUGCAGGAAGAUAAGUAGC